GGUCAUGAGUUCCUACUUUGUAAAUCCUCUCUUUUCCAAGUACAAAGGCGGCGAAUCGCUGGAACCAACUUACUACGACUGCAGAUUUCCACAAAGUGUUAGCAGGAGCCAUGCUCUCGUGUAUGGUCCGGGCACCACUGCUCCCACCUUCCAGCACCCUUCACACCACGUCCAAGAGUUUUUCCACCACGGAACCUCGAGCAUCUCCAACUCUGGAUACCAGCAAAACCCAUGCGCCUUGGCGUGUCACGGAGACGCUUCUAAAUUCUAUGGAUAUGAAGCUCUGCCGAGGCAAUCGCUUUAUGGUGCUCAGCAAGAGACGACUGUUGUACAAUAUCCUGACUGUAAAUCGUCUUCCAACAGUAACUCUAGCGAGGGACAAGGGCAUUUAAAUCAAAAUUCGUCUCCCAGUCUCAUGUUCCCAUGGAUGAGACCUCACGCUCCCGGAAGACGCAGUGGCAGACAAACUUACAGCCGGUACCAGACCCUGGAGUUAGAAAAGGAGUUCCUCUUCAACCCGUAUUUGACACGGAAGCGGCGGAUUGAGGUCUCUCACGCCCUGGGACUGACCGAGAGACAAGUGAAGAUCUGGUUCCAGAACAGGAGGAUGAAGUGGAAAAAAGAAAACAACAAAGAUAAGCUGCCGGGGGCCAGGGACGAGGAGAAAACGGAAGAAGAAGGGAAUGAGGAAGAGGAAAAAGAAGAGGAGGAAAAAGAAGAAAGCAAGGACUGAGUUCUCAGCCCCUUGAAGUCUCGUUUUAUGGCAGAUGAUAAAUCGAGAUGUUUACGACGGUCAUUUGCUUUUAUAGAGUAUAGAAUGGAGAGGCUCACACAGCAGUAACUACCUGUCAAACAGUUGUAGCCUUUUUUAUUGUCAUAGAAACUUCCCCUACUUUUUUUCCCCCUCCCUUUUUUUUUUUUUUUUUUCCCUUUCUUUUUUAAUAGCGGCGUUUUUAGCUCCAGAAAUACAUAGUUGGCUCCAGCGCAGCGACGCUGUGUGUGUGUGCUGGGGGGGGGGAAGGAAAUGGUGCAGCAAAACCCGACACCCCCCACCCAGAGGCCACAGCGCGGAGGAUCUCGUCCCCGUGCUCGUCCCCGGCUGCACAAAAUGUAUUUAUUUGAACAGCUUUGACUUUGCCUUUUUCCGCUUGGUUUUGCCUCUCGCGAAUGACCCCGGGGGAAGCGCGGGGGUGUCGGUGCGGUGGCCGUCUAUCGGGGCCGAUCGCCGCUCCUAAAAGCCGCUUAUCACCCAUUGAGGGGCCGAUCCUGCGAGAUAAGGGGGGGCUCGGAGCCUACCUGGCAGCGCCCGCACCUCCUCGCCAUUGCGCUCCCAUUGGGUUCCCACUUGAGUACCCAUAAUGUUCCUAUUGGGUUCCCAGUGUGCUCCCAUUGGGUUCCCAUUGGGCUCCCAUCGUGUUCCCAUUGGGGUCCCACUGCGUUCCUAUUGGAUUCCCAUUGUGUUCCCAUUGGGUUCCCGUCGCGUUCCCAUUGUGUUCCCAUUGGGUUCCCAUAGGGCUGAGCGCAGAAAAUACCUGUUUUUCUUCUUGCUUAGGACUCGAUAGGCCGAAAUUCGCCCCCCACCCGCCCCCUUCGCCCCCCACCCCGAUCCCCAUAGGCGCUGUUUGCCCUUUGGCUGUGUGAGCACUCGAAAUUCUUCAUGUACUACCUAAAGGGAAAACCUGCAAUAAUUACCAGAACUAGUAUCAACAAAGGGGCUGACAUAUCCUAAAUUUCACUUGCUCCGAAUUUAUUUAAGAGAGAGAGCCGUGUUUCUGCCCUGAUGCAAGCUACUAAGUAGCAUAACAUAAUCAUAAAAUAAUAAUAAUAUUAAUAAUAAUAAUAAUAAUAAACCAACCAACCUUGUAUUGUACUUUAUCACUACCUAUAGAAGGAGUCAUGCUUUGGAAGUAUUUGUAAUGCGGUUUUAUUGUCGUUUGU